UGAUAUAGAAUGGAGACAUACAUGCUUUUAUUUUGAACAUCACAUGGGUAUAGCUACCCCGGCUGCACUUACAGCCUGUACUGACUGUAGGCUACACGAACUGAAUAGAAGGGGAGUUCUUGUGGACUGUGACAGGCACCAUCAGCCAACCAGCCUGUCUGUAGAGUAGGCAACUGUAUAAUGAAAGCUGGCCACAGCAGCUGAAUCUCACUGAGGCAGAGGAGCAGCCGAGCCCAGUCUCAGACCUCAUCACCAGCGGACACCAUGUCGCCACUGGGGAAAAAACUUGUGCAUUUGGAUCUGAAAGGCGCACCCCCCAAAUUUGACUAUUUGCUCAAGCUCAUUCACUUAUUUGCUGACCUGGGUGCGAAUGGGUUGCUAAUUGAAUAUGAGGACAUGUUUCCCUACGAGGGAGAUCUGGAGAGCAUCCGAGCUUCGGCACACCCACCUUACAGCCGAGAAGAGAUCGCUAUCUUGCAGGACACUGCCAAAUCCAGAAACCUGGAAGUCAUUCCGCUGGUCCAAACAUUUGGACACAUGGAGUUUGUUUUGAAGCAUGGCGCGUUCCGUGAGCUGCGCGAGGUCGGCCACUGUCUCGGCACGCUGAACCCGCACAAGGAACGCGCGGUGCAGCUGGUGCUGGAGAUGCUGCGACAGGUGAUGGAGCUCCACCCCGGCAGCAGCAGCCUACACCUGGGAGCGGACGAGGUUUACCUGCUGGGCCAGGGAGAGGAGUCGCGGCAGUGGCUGACCUCUCCUAACCGCAGCGUGCACCAGCUCUUCCUGGGUCACGUGACCAGGGUGGCCAAGGCGGUGCGGGAUCGACACCCGGACCUCAGUCUGAUCAUGUGGGACGACAUGCUCCGAGGAAUGAGCCUGGAGACGCUGAAAGAGAGCGGUCUUGUGGGACUUGUCCAGCCGAUGAUUUGGGAUUACAGUCCUGUUUUGGAUGUGGAAAACACAGUGCUGUUGAUGGACAAGUACAGUUCGUCUGGCCUCUCUCAGCUGUGGACAGCCAGCUCCUUCAAAGGCUCCACGUGUGUCCACACCUGCGUCCCCUCCACGCAGAGACAUGUGGACAACCACCUGCAGUGGCUGAAGGUGGCGUCCAGCCGGCCAGCUGCGGUGACACUGCAGGGCAUCGCCCUCACUGGCUGGCAGAGGUACGACCACCUAUCAGUGCUUUGUGAGCUGCUGCCAGUGGCCCUCCCCUCUCUGGCAUCCUGUCUUCAGACACUCAUUUAUGGAAGCUUCUCAGCAGAAGCUCAGACCAGAGUGACAGAGAUUCUUGGAACCCCCACAGAAGUGGAGGACAUUAGCAGUUUGUCACCUGAAAAUUCUACAUCUUUUCCUGGCCAAAAGCUUGCUGCCUCAAUGGUGGAAUUGACAUCACUACUGCAGUCGGAGGAUCUACGCCUCUUUGAAAGCAACAUGUAUGUAAGGGGCUGGUUUACUCCAUACCACAGACGACGGAAAAUUGCACAUCCACUUAUUGCACAGCAAAUACAGAUUCAAGUGAUGGCGCUUCUCCAGGCCGUGGAGCCUAGAGCGGAGGAGGUGAGGCAGGAGAUGGGCCUGCUGUACCCCCAGGCCACGGUGGAGGAGUGGGCCGAGCAGCACGUCAGCGCAGUGCUGGCUCCUCUCCACAGCUUACUGAAGGACCUGCAGCUGGCUAUGGAGGACAUGGGGCUACACGCACCUGUGCCACCCAGUGGCUGGUAGAGAUGGAAGGAGACAUAUGAAACCAGGGGACUGUUGCCUGUGUUACUACUGUCACUGUUACUGGAUUUAACUCGCGGUUUAAGACCAGGGAAAAUACACUUGUGCAACCUUUAAGACUGGCUGCAUCUAUGUGCAUUUACCUAAAACUGUGUUGACAAUUCUGUUUAUUCUUUUGACCUGUUAGUUCUUAAUGGGUGAAAUAAGUGGGGCCACUAGGUGGUGCCAUUGUUGCCCUGGAAGUCUGAGGUUGAACUGGACCAGCUGCACUUUCUCGUUUAUGGCCAUAAAAUUCUCACAGCUGGCUUGAUGUAUGUAAUACAUUGUAUUUUAUUGCUCAAGAUGUAUUAAAACUGGUACAAUGUGUUGUGUUUAGAGUAAGUAAAAUCAAAUCUCUGGGUGCACCUCACAGGAAUAUAAACUAAACCAUAACAUAUUACUUAAUGUCUUUCUGUCUUUCUUGUUAUUUUAUCAAAUUUGUAACAAUGUGUACAAAAUAAAUUCCAAAUAA